GGCCCAUACCAUACUAUAAUAGUAUUAAGCUCUUAUUUUACUGGUAUAAUAAUGAAGUAUAUUGACCCUGGAAGGCUGGAACUGAUAAAAGUUCCUCUGUUUCUGUAGCUUGAACUGGAACUAAAGAUCUGUGAUUUUUAUGCCAAGAAUUUUAAUGGAAGUGAUCAACAAGUUGGUGACUUUGAAGGCACAUAUGGAUGGUUCACCCCAAGAAUCUGAUUUUGUGAUUAAGACCGAAACACUUUCGUUAUCAGCUGUGCUAGAAUCGAAAGAUGUUUUAGUGAAAAACAUAUAUGUUUCUAUUGAUCCUUACCAGAUAAAUCGGAUGAAGAGCCUUUGCUCCUCACAAACAGCUAGUGGUUCAAGUUAUGCAGCUGGCAUCGCUCCGGGCCAGGCCAUUGAUACUCAUGGUGUUGGUAGAGUUGUGGUAUCGGGGAACCCUGAUUUUAAGAAGGAUGAUCUGGUUGUGGGACGUAUCGGCUGGGGGGAGUAUAGCAUUGUUAAAGAGGGUGCUAAUUUAGAUAAAUUAAAUCCCUUGGGAUUUCCAUAUUCUUACCAUGUUGGGAUCCUAGGAGUUAGCGGAUUUACAGCUUAUGCUGGUUUCUAUGAAAUAUGUCAACCUAAGAAAGGGGAGCGAGUCUUUGUGUCUGCUGCUGCUGGUUCAGUCGGCAAUAUAGUUGGGCAAUAUGCAAAGCUUUUCGGAUGCUAUGUUGUAGGCUGUGCUGGUUCUCAGGAAAAGGUGGAUCUGUUGAAAAAUAAGCUUGGAUUUGAUGAUGCAUUCAAUUACAAAGAAGAAACAGAUCUGAAAGCAGCGGUUGCAAAGUACUUCCCAGACGGUGUAGACAUAUAUUUUGACAAUGUGGGAGGUGAAAUGUUAGAGGCAGCAGUUGCAAACAUGAACCAAUUUGGUAGAGUUGCUGUCUGUGGUGUGAUAGCUGAAUAUACAGAAAAAGGAAAACGUGCUGCGCCUGAUAUGAUAGACAUUGUGUACAAGCGAAUAACAAUCAGAGGAUUUUUGGCCGGAGAUUAUAUGUCUCAAUUUCCAGAAUUCAUUUCAGCAACAAGUGAUCACCUUAAAACUGGCAGAAUGCACUCAAUUGAAGACAUUUCACAAGGUCUAGAAAGUAUUCCGUCAGCUUUUGCAGGGCUUUUUCGUGGUGAUAAUGUUGGGAAAAAGAUAGUUCAAAUUGCAGAUGAAUAAAAAAAGCUUCUGUACCUCAAGAGAACUUCAAAUUCCCUGUUCCUGGAUGCGCUGUCUUGUACUAAUUACACUUGUAAUUCACCUAAAUGUUUAGCUUCAUUCUAUUCAUUAGUCAGUGUUCCAACAAUCUGAUUGAACUCUUAGAUAACAAUAGCACGAGUUUGAUUGAAAUUACAGACUACUUAGAAGGUCACUAGACUAAAUGUUGGCUGUGCCAGAUCGACAUUGUCUUAGUUUAAGAUCUAAAAUAGGUCAUGACCUUCGACUAAUCAAUAGACUUCUCUUUUUUUUUUGAA